GGAUGGUACGAGACGGUAAAAAGACGUACGAGAUGCGGGCAUAAGAGCAACUGGGUUACCGGUUAAUCUUCCAUCCCCAUGACUUCCUUCUUCUUUUCUCCCCUAAUCAUGAAGCUCCCGGUCCUCACUUUACUCUCUCUCUCAUGUUUCCAUUUUUCCCACUCCUUUACUCCACGCUAUAAUUCAAUAUUCAGUUUCGGAAACUCCCUCGCCGACACCGGUAAUGGGCUUAUCACCAGUGCCCAGCAGUCCCCUGGCAUCGGCAGGCUCCCUUACGGCAUGACCUUUGGCCGCCCCACCGGCCGCUGUUCCGAUGGACGCUUGGUUAUCGACUUCAUCGCUGAGGCGGUUGGGCUCCCGUUGCUGCCGCCAUCUUUGGCGAGCGACCAAGACUUCCGACAGGGAGCCAACUUCGCCGUCGCAGGUUGCACGGCACUUGACUCAGCCUUCUGGGAACAGAGAGGGCUUGCCGGUAUCUUUGGGACCAACGAUUCCUUGGGCGUCCAGCUUCAAUGGUUCGAGCAGCUGAAGCCUUCCCUUUGCAGCACAGUCAGAGAGUGCAAGGACUACUUCGGUAAAUCCCUCUUUGUACUCGGAGAGAUUGGAGGGAACGAUUACCACCUUCCCCUUCUCGCCAAUCGGACCUUGGAGGAAGUAAGGACGUAUGUGCCUUAUGUCAUUGAAACCAUUUCGAAUACUGCUGAGAUUUUAAUCAACGAGGGAGCGGUUGACCUAGUUUUGCCUGGGGCGCCGCCAUCAGGCUGCUUUGGGGUGCUCCUGACGUUGCUCCCUAGUCCUAACAAACAAGACUAUGAACCGCAGACUGGAUGCCUCAAGAAACUAAAUGCAUUAGCAAUGUAUCACAACGAAUUGCUUCGUCGGGCAAUAGGAAAACUUCUGAGCAAGUAUCCAGGGGUUAGGAUAAUCUACGCCGAUUACUAUGGACCAGUCAUUCAAUUUGUACAGACGCCUGAACGCUUUGGAUUUGGCAAUGGGGCUCUAAUUGCUUGCUGUGGGGGAGGAGGUCCCUACAACUUCAACCCACAAGCCUGGUGUGCCCAGCCGGGUGCGACCGUAUGUGAGGAACCAUCCAAGUCCAUAUAUUGGGACGGCAUCCACCUAACGGAAGCUGCUUAUCGCUACAUCGCCCCGGGUUGGCUCUCUGCAUGGUCCCAUGCCAAGGUCCAUUAAGAGCCCAACGCCAGCCCACCCAUUAUCACCCACAUUGGCUCAGUUUUAGAAUUUUGAUGCAUCGAAAAAUAAAAACAUUGGGGUCUAUCUGCUUGCUGUUCAUGAAGAACAUUGUGGGCUCUAAUGGUUGCAUUGUGGAAUUUGUAGUUUGCUUAUGUAUUUUUCUUCUGUCAUCUGCUAGUGAUAUUAUGACAAAUUGAUGUUGUUUGAUCAUUUGCUGUUUGGCAGGUUUGCUGCCUCCUGUUUCUUUCUCAUGCUCUUUCUAUGCAAUAUCAUUGCAUCUUCUCC